AUGCCGGUGGAGGCGGAAGUGCUUCCGACGCCAACGCGUCUGCCGCCCGAUGACGCACUGUAUGUGGUGGGGAGCCUCACCCGGUAUAUCCUCAUCGUCGUAAUUGUUCUUUUUGGCAUCAUCCCUGCCCUCUGUGGCACUGUCUUCCCCCCCUUCUCAGCGCUGUGGAGCAUCCUGGCGUCUGUGUCGCCAUAUGUGUGGGCCUCGAUGGGGACCGGCAUCGGCAUCGCGCUCUCCAUUCUCGGCGCCGCAUGGGGCAUUCUAACAAGUGGUGCGUCGAUCAGCGGUGCGGCUAUCCGGGCUCCAGAAAUCCGGAGCAAGAACCUCAUCUCCAUAAUUUUCUGCGAGGCCGUGGCGAUCUACGGUGUUAUUCUUGCCAUCAUCAUGAUGGGCAAGAUACAGGCGAGCAAUUUAUCCGUCGGUAGCAACGGCACCUACACCUAUGAGACCAUCGCCGGCGGCUACACCCUCUUCGCUGCCGGCAUCGCGGUAGGCAUCGGUAACAUGGCGUGCGGUAUCUCGGUUGGCAUUGUCGGAAGCAGUUGUGCUAUUGCCGAUGCGCACAGCAGCAGCUUAUUUGUGAAGGUGCUCGUGAUUGAGAUUUUCGCUUCGGCGCUUGGUAUCUUUGCGGUCAUUACGGGCAUUCUGAUGGCACAGAAGGUUCAAAUGCAGUAG